CUAUAUGGACUAACUAGCGGUGUAGGGAGGAGUGUCACGUGACCCUACGUUGCCUACCGGCGUGGGAGCCCAUCGGGGAUCCCAACAUAUUAUAUGAGGUUAAUGAGCUCGUUCAGCUCCCCUCGGGUUGACCGGGUGCGAGAACUAGGCCACCACGAUAAAACGAGGGAGCCGCCAUCUCGCAGGCAAAUGAGAUCUCUCCUCGCCCUGUCAUGUCCUUUCCUGUCCGUCGUUUGCGUCAGUCAUGUCCAGUAGCAUCUUUGGUGAACCUCCUCCAGGGACAGACCUGACAGCAAGUCGGCGUGCAGUAAACAAUGCGGCUGUCAUUACGACCUAUCUUUUGGCGGCAGGUGCCGUUGGCCUUCGUUACCUUGCCAGAGCCCGGGUGCAACAGGCUGCGAUUGCCGCUGAUGACUGGAUGAUUCUGGUUGCUCUGCUGUCGGUGACUGCAAAUUUCGUUUCCACAAUUAUCGGAGGGUACUAUGGCCUCGGAAAGCAUGCGUGGAUUGUUCCCUUACACGACGUGGUAAUAGUGAUCCAGAUUUUGUUCGCUUAUGUCCUCAUAUACGUCGUCACCGUGCCAUUGAUUAAGCUGUCGGUUCUCCUCUUCUACCGUCGUGUAUUUGGAAUGAACAAGGCAAUGUGGUUCUGUGUUGCGUUGACACUCGGCUACUGGGUCUCCUGCACAGUGGCAUUUCUGGUCUGCUGCCGGCCUGUUUCAUAUUACUGGACGCAGUAUGUUGAUCCCAAUGGAGGAAGAUGUGUCUUCAAUCUCUAUCCAUUUUACAUCGGCAACGCGGCCGCAAAUGUGACCACCGACGUGAUUAUUCUGCUGGUACCGAUGCCUCUCAUUUGGAAGCUUCAUAUGAGAACCACCCAGAAAAUCCUUGUGUGUAGCAUAUUCUUGCUUGGCGGAUUUGUCUGUGUGGCAAGUCUCGUACGCAUCUAUUACAUGACGUUUCUUAGCAAGUCUCUGGAUAUCACCUGGGUAAUGGGAAAUGUCUUUAUCUGGUCCAGCGUAGAGCCAUGUGUGGGCAUUGUCUGUGCGUGCUUGCCUACCCUGCAGCCACUUCUCCGACACUCAAUCCAGCGCAUUUUUGGCUCCCAUGCGGGACAGUAUUGGGGGAGUUCCGAGAACAAGCAGUCCAGCGGAAAUAUAAAGAUUGGGAGGAAGCCUAGAGACUGGGAUGAGUCUCUGCUUGCAACGCGGACCGUUCAAGUGGAGAUGGAUGGAUUGCGGAAAGAUGAGGAGAACGAGGAAGGCAAGAUCAUGGUCGAAACCGAGUUUCGGCUGGCGGAGGAAAGCAAGUGGCAGUGA